AUGGAGGCCAGAGAUUUAAUGAAAAGUUCCAAAAGAAGGAGAUCUGCAUUCGAGAUGAAUGAAAUUACAAAUUCUACUGGAGAUGUCACCAAUCAAGCAAGACUACAAAUAGCAUCCUCAUCCUCAUCUAGAGAAGGUCUUGAACCUACACAUUCAGCGGGUCCUUAUCUUGGCCCAAUUUAUCACUUACCAGCUUUUAGAGGUUAUGUCGGCAAUUUUCACCAGACGGCAUCUUAUUCCACCAAGACUUGGUCUGUUCCUGGAAAUGACCCUGGCUCCAGUUCUGAGAUGAAUCGAGAAUAUUUUGAAGAACAGAAAUGGGAGACUGUGAGUGCGAAAGAAGAGAGACGUCACCAUAAAUAUGAAAGAGACCACACUAGAGAUGGCUAUCCUAGAAAUACUAAAUCAUAUAAACCUCAUCAUAAUACAGGCCAUAAAAAUAAUCAGACAGAUUCAUCUG